GGCGCAUGCGUUGCCGGCAGAGGGGAAGAAGGGACUGAGUUUGUCCUUCAAGGAUCAGCAUUUUGCCAGCUGCCCUUGCAGUUUGCCUUUCUUUGGAGAGACGUGCAUGGCUUCCUUCCAACCCACUUCAUCCUCAAAACAACCUUAUGAGGCAGGCGGCUCUGGAGGUGACUGCACGGCAUUGCCGCAAAGAAUCAGAGGCGUAUGGCCAGUGUGUCGCCACCAACCCUUCCUCCUGGCAGCAGGACUGUCACCAGCUCAAAGUAGAAAUGGCCAAGUGCACCUCUUCCCACCCAAUUGUACAGAAGAUUCGUCAGGAUUGUGCAGAGCCAUUUACUGCUUUUGAACAGUGCCUUAAACUAAACCAGACGUCCGUGGUCAACUGCACAGAACAUGUCCAGCAGUUCUUACUCUGUGCUGACAAAGUGAAACUGGCCGCCUAAGGCAUCCCAUCCCAUCCCUUUUUUCAUAGGUCAAAACAGUGGUAUCAUCUUCAGGAGUAAUCUAGUUACUCACUGUAGUUCUGACUGGACUGAAUGUUUCUGCCAAGAAUGGCAGCAAUAGCACCUACAUCCUCAAAACCCUGUUUGGUGACAGAAAUCUUUCCUGGACCUGGGUGUUAUUUGAUCAUCAGUGGUUGUCCCAACAGUGUCUCUGCUUGGCAUGUCAAAUUACGACUUCUCUUGAGGAACAAGUCACAGAAGCUGCAUUGGCAUGGCAUUGGGAUCAUAACUUUGCCUGCAAAGCUAGAACUGGCUCUUGGAACCCAUUGUAUGUAUUUUACUAUACCUGCCUGGAACCCACCCAGACAUGACACAAUAAACUGCAAAUCAAAGACCAAAGCAAA